AAUUGUAAACGAUCUUCCUCCGCGGUCGUCUCCACCGGUCGGUCGCUCUCUUCUCUGCGGCAUAUGCGAUGGCAGAUCAACGUGAAACAGAAACAGGCGACAAGAAGUAGAAGAAGGGAGCCCUAAAGAUUCCGUUUUUCCGAUCUAGUCGAUGAUCCCUUGGAGCAUUGGUGCAACGGAGAGUCCUUUCCGUUCUCUGUCGAUCGAGGCGUUCUCCUCGAUUGGGGCGGUGCGGUGGAGCUGACUGCUGGGAUAGGGAUCCGAAGACUUCGGGGUUGCUCGGAUCGGUGGCCCUGGUCGGGCAUUUGGCGUGUUUGGGGAGUUUCGCGUGUCGGGUUAUGGGAGCAACGGGGUCGAAGCUCGAGAAAGCCCUCGGCGAGCAGUUCCCCGAAGGCGAGCGCUACUUUGGCCUUGAGAACUUUGGCAACACCUGCUACUGCAACAGCGUCUUGCAGGCUCUUUUUUUCUGUGUCCCUUUCCGGGAGCAAUUGCUGGAGUAUCAUGAAAAGAAUAAAAAUAAUGGUGAUGCAGAGGAGAAUCUUUUGACUUGUCUUGCUGAUCUGUUUUCUCAGAUUAGUUCGCAAAAAAAGAAAACUGGUGUUGUCUCUCCUAAGCGUUUUGUGCAAAGAGUGAAAAAACAAAAUGAGCUCUUCCGGAGUUAUAUGCACCAAGAUGCUCAUGAGUUUUUGAAUUUCCUGCUCAACGAGCUUGUUGAUAUUCUAGAAAAAGAAGCCAAUACUCCAAAGCCCUCAUCUGAUGCCUCAUUGUUACCUCAAAAACUUGCAAAUGGCCAUACAAAUCUGCAUGUCAAUGGCGUUGAAAAAGAGCCCCUUGUUACUUGGGUUCACAAAAAUUUUCAAGGUACUCUUACCAAUGAAACAAAAUGCUUGCUUUGUGAAACUGUUACUGCUAAAGAUGAACCGUUUUUGGACCUAAGCCUCGACAUUGAACAAAAUAGUUCAAUUACAAGUUGUCUCAAAAAUUUCAGCUCAACUGAAACUCUCAAUGCAGAGGAUAAAUUCUUCUGUGACAAAUGCUGCAGCUUGCAAGAAGCCCAGAAGAGGAUGAAGAUCAAGAAGCCACCAAACAUCCUCGUAAUCCAUCUCAAGCGCUUCAAAUAUAUCGAGCAGCUGGGCCGCUACAAGAAGCUACUCUACCGCGUUGUCUUUCCCUUGGAGUUGAAACUGAACAACACUGUCGAAAAUUCAGAUACCGAGUACGCACUCUUUGCCGUUGUGGUUCAUGUGGGAAUCGGCCCCAACCAUGGACACUAUGUCAGUCUCGUUAAGAGCCACAACCAUUGGCUCUACUUCGAUGACGAAAAUGUCGAGAUCAUCGACGAAUCGGCCGUCCAAACCUACUUCGGAUCAGCACAGGAGUACACAGGCAACACUGAUCAUGGGUACAUUCUGUUCUACGAGAGCCUCGAUAGCAAAAGAUAGAAAGAUUCUUUGCCGUGUCUCAAAAUUUUUAGGCACUUUUUCUGAUUUUUCCCUCACCGUCACAUGACCUGACCUUUCUCGGAUCGAUCGUUUUUCACAUUCCUAAUUCAGAUUCUCGACACGAAGCUUUUCCGGGGAUGCCAUUGUUAUAGAACAAACAAAUACAAUGUGAUGUAUAGUUUGAUGGUGGAAUCCAUCUUGUUCAGUAUUAAUAAUUUGCAUGAGAAAAGGUAUCUUAAGAGUAAAGAUACUUUGUGUGGCUUAAUGUCUAAUAUUGCUAAAAUACAGAGUUUCGUCUUCCUUUAACAAGUUUUGUAUUAAGUUGCCAUUUCAUAUUUGAGUGAGCAAUGAAGGGUCCAUCACCCUCA